AUCGUUAAUCGGAUAGUGCUAUACACAGCGUAAAGUAUGCGCUACAAAGCAACAAGGAAUUCUCGUUUAGCUUGUUUAAUGUAGCCUUUGUGAUGUUUACGUUCUUCUAGCAUUAAGGCUUCAAUUUGACGGAAAUGGCAUCAUGCAGAAGUGUUGUGGAGAUAUAGUAAUUUGUGUUCUAUCGACAAUUAAACUUCAACGUUGAAAUGUAUGUACUGUAUAUUCAAAAUAGUAUAUUGUUAUGUCAUUUUAGAUCGACUGAAAUUACGUUGGUGUGAUGGUCUGUGACGUAAGCCGACUCUUUGAACUGCCUCCGAGUAUCUCAACACCUCGAUUCAUGUCACCUGAGCAUCAAUUCCAUACCCUGAUUAAAAUUUUAUACUGCGCUCACAAGUAUUAAGAUGGCGACUGUAGAUCAUCGAAUACUACGUAACAUUUCGCUUGAUUCUACGAAUGUUGACGAAGAGGACGAGAUGAUUCUUAACAACCACGUCUGCACGCACGUACCUAAGGAUAGAUUUAAUAGCGUGUACGCAUCGCUCGUGCUUGCUGGCAUUGGGUUUCUUCUACCAUACAACAGUUUCAUAACCGCUGUUGACUAUUUUCACUCCCAAUACCCCGGUAGUACGAUCGUGUUCGAUAUGAGUUUGACGUAUAUCGUGAUUGCGUUUGCCGCGGUUCUUUUGAAUAACUUUCUCGUGGAGACGCUUAGUUUCACGUUCCGUAUAUCAUUUGGCUAUGUUGUUGCUUUCUUUUCGUUAAUCAUGAUAGCGAUAUUUGAAAUUGGUUUGAGUAUGUUUUCAGACGGAACAAGCUAUGUCAUUGUCUUGAUAGCCGUUGCCAUAGUUUCAUUCGGGUGUACAGUUCAACAAUCAAGUUACUAUGGCUAUGCAGGGAUGUUGCCAAGGAAAUAUACACAAGCUGUUAUGACGGGAGAGAGUGCAGCUGGUCUGUUAACGUCAUUGAUUCGGAUUAUCACUAAGCUUGUUCUACACAACGAGCGUAUAAACACUUUACUAUUCUUUAUAUUUUCUUCUAUUGUUAUUCUUGUGUGUUUUGUUACGUACCACACGAGUCGCAAUAGUGAUUUCGUGCGAUACCAUGUUGCUAUAUGUUCGAAAGACGCGCGUUCGACGGCGGAUGGUUUUCAAGUUAUGACAGAAGAAGAGCAAUUGGUAAAUGAUGUGGUGACGGACGGAGGGACGAUGAUCAAUGCUGUUGGUGGUGACGAAAAUGGCGAUGAAGGACUGGACGUCGAUGGUAGUCGAUAUCGCUACGUGAAAUUCAACGGGCAAAACAGCUUCGAAUUGGAGUACGAACAACCAGCAUCACACAACACCAAGUGCAAUAGUAUCAAAAUGAGCAUCAUGAAACGCUAUCGCCUGGCGAAGAGCGUGUGGCCGUACAUGCUAUCGAUUGCGCUCGCCUAUUUCGUCACCUUGUGCUUGUUCCCUGGAAUUGAGUCUGAAGUGAUAAAUUGCUCUCUUGGUGAUUGGAUGCCGAUAAUAAUUAUGGCGAUAUUCAACGCCACCGACCUCAUCGGCAAGCUACUGGCUGCAAUACCUUACGCUUGGAAACCGAAGUACCUUCUAAUUGCCGCAAGCUCACGUGCUGUGUUGAUACCCCUGAUGAUACUUUGUGUGAUCCCCAGAAGAGCGCCAACUCUUUCGAGUUCCGUGUGGGCUAUGAUAUUUUCAGCACUUCUGGGCGUGACCAACGGGUAUUUUGGCAGCCUACCAAUGAUAAUUGCUCCUACUACAGUUCCAGAUGAAAAGCGCGAACUCACAGGUAAUAUAAUGACCAUCUCCUAUAAUGUUGGACUGACCAGUGGAUCUGCUUUUGCGUAUUUCUUCCGAGACCUCAUUGGUCCAGCUGUUAAUUUAUGCACAUCUACGUAUCUAAUUAAGAAACUACCUGUGUGAGAGUAUAGACUACUGUAUAAUGCGCUGUCAUCACAAUCAAAGUUGUUUGAGUGUUUGAUAUCUAUCCGAACACUUUCCCUUUUUUAGUGGUAUGGGAUAAAUGGACUGGAUAAAAGAAUGAGAAAGUGUUACUACUGUAUAUAAAUUAACCAUUUUGAUGGUAUGUGCAAUAGUUCUUCCUUCCUGUUUGAUGGUAAAUGCCAUUACCAUCAUUCAUGUAGUUCAUGAGGUGAUAGGUUAAAAUGCCACUUAUAAAUUUGCCGCAUGUGUAAUUAAGGCUCGGCCUAAUAAGGUUAUAUCGGAUGCUAUUUUUUAUUUUUACCGUCAAUUUCUUCUCCCGGUACCAAAU